CCAGUCUGGUGCUGAGCGUGCCCGCGCACCGCAGGGCGGCCGAGCGGGAGCGGUGCUCGGUCGGCCGAUCGAUGUGAUGGAGCGCAGCGCGGUGUGGAGCCUCGCCGCCCGCCUGGGCCUUGCCGGGCCCGGCAUCAUCAGAAAAGCUGAAGAGUACCUGCGGCUAUCCCAGGUGAAAUGCACGGGAUUAAUGGCUCAAAUGACAGCGACAAGCAGUGCUGUGAUGUGCCUGGACUUAGCGGCUAGUUUCAUGAAGCAACCAGUUGACAAAAGCUAUUUUGUUAAACUCUCCGGUUUGAACAAGACUACUUACCAGAGCUCCAUGAAGUCUUUGGAGUAUUUGCUAGAGGUAAACCCAAGACUGGGAAUGCGAGACUUGGCUGUGCAGUUUUGCUGCACAGAGGCAGUGAACAUGGCUUCAAAAAUACUGCAGAGGUAUGAAUCCAGCCUCCCUGAAGCACAGAAAAUGGACCUUGAUUUCUCAAAACCACUUUUUAUAACAGCUGCGCUGUUCACUGCAUGCAGGUGUUUGAAGCUAAAAGUGGACAAAACUAAAAUUUUGGCUACAUCUGGGGUGAAAAAAGCAGUAUUUGACCGCCUGUGCAAUCAGCUGGAGAAGAUGAGCCAGCAACUCAUCAAAGAUGACUUUCCACUAGCUGCAGAGACACCUGAAAGCUUACAGACCAACCUGGAGCAUUGUGAGACGGAAGAUGGAUCUGAAGAUGAAGAAGGAGAGCUGCCAUGUAAACGGCCAAAGACUGAAACAAAGCAAGACUAUGAAGAAUGGAAAAAGCAAAUCCUGGAAAAGGCCGCUAAAUUACAAGAGACAAAGAGUACUGGCUCUGUAGGGCCACCUAGUAAUGUAACUGCUGCUUGCUCAUAAUUUUCUCUCUCCCUCUGCUCUAACAAGAGUUCCAGUAGCAUGAGAGCGAUGGCUGUCUGGAAGCCAGCUAAUUUUAUUUAUUAGCUGUUUUUUAAGUAUUUAAAGAACACUGUUUUUAGUAAAUGACACCAGAAUUGAGAUGCUUUUACAACAAGCCUGUCUGACUACUCACCAGGCUGGUACCUGAGCAGCUAUGCCAUUGGGUGGUAGAACAGCUUUAUUCUCUUGCUGUAAGAAGCAGGUAACAUUCUAAUGCUGUGUUAAAGGUAAAUAAGUUGUAAGUUACAUGCCCUUGGGGCCCUGGCUGGACGUAGUCAGUGAAAAAAAGAGGGCGGGGACUAAUGGUGUUUUGUUAAACUGCAAAACCAGCAGAUGAAUUAAGACUGAUAAUUUUAUUGGUUGGGUGGGGGUUUGUGGUUGGUUUUGGUUGGUGGUUUUGUUUUGGUUUUUUUAACCUGUUGAACAAAUAUUGUUUAGUCACUGAAUUUUACCUGUAUGGGACUGAAGUCUCUUGUGCUUAUAAGGGGUCCCAAAUAUUCCAAGGAAUAAUAAAAAUAAUGGAAGGAAAAGCGUUGUAUUAUGA